GUAUGUGGAUUGUAUUAUAUCAUAUAUUAUAAGUAAUUGAGUUGACUUUUUUUUUUAAUGAUCAGCAGAUCUAACCUGGCCAGUGUCAUUGCGUACAUCCGGAAAAUAAAAGUCCUCUCAGAAUAUAUAGAAAUUGUAGUAAAGCUCAGUUGGUUCCAGUGUUAAUAUGUGUAUUUGUGUUUAUUGAAAAUACAUGGAAAAGUGUAUUGCUUACAAAUCUACAUUUGCAUUUAUCGUUGCCUUUAAAAUUAUAUAGCUUUUUUAGGGAAGGAAUUAAAUUGUAUAUUAAAGAUACUCUUGUGCUCUGGUGCUUCCUAUACAAGCGGAUGUUGUUUUCCUGUCCAGAUAGUGCGGAACAAUAACAACCUGCGCACUUGUUUUUUUAAUAUCUUGAAUAAGGUAAUUAUUGAAAAUGUCAGCAGUCGUGCACGUUUUGCUGCCGUUCUUGCUCUGCAUCGCUUUGGCAAACACUGACAUUUUCGACAAUGUGCUGGUGGACAUGUCCUACAAUCACUACGCAGAGAAGAGAGUGGAUCUGCUGCCUGCGUUUCUGGCCAUGCCGUUUAACUGUCUGGUGAACGUGGGUUACAUUGUGGUUGGUGUGUACUGGCAGCAGGAGGAUAAAGGAUCCCGUGCGGCGUACGCAAAGGACGUGUUCGCGCUCAUGGCUUUGGCGUACGGCCCGGUUCAGUGGACGCGCUUGGCCACGCUGCGCCGCGCGCCCUCUGUCCUGGAUCAGUGGUUCACGCUGCCCAUAUUCGCCUGGGUGCCGGUGUGGUGUCGGGCCAUUACGCACGGCUGGUCGGCUCGCUACGCGCUGAUUGCGGAGGUGUGCUCCUUGGCGAGCUACGCGCUGGCGCUGCUGCAUGAGCGCGGCUUUGAGUUGGCUCUCGGAGCUCACAUCGCAGCGGCGCUGCUGCAGGCGGCCGCGGCUCAGCGCACCGCCGGAGACGCGGUGUCUUUGCGUUACUUCAUCCAGGCUGCCUCGUGUGCAGGAUUCGUGCUUUUAAAGCUCCUGGACCACGAGCUGGCCAAAUUCUCGCUCUUCCAAAAUCUCACUGGACACUUUUGGUCCAAAGUGUGCGAUAUACUGCAGUUCCACUACAGCUUCUGCUUUCUGACGCACCUUACGCAAAAUGCGCACAAACAUGCCUCAUAAAAUCAGAGUGUAUAUGUAUAUAUACACACGUAUAAUUCAAAUUAUUCACUUGAAACUUGAGUCGAUCUAAAGUGAUACACACACACACACACACACACACACACAUAUAUAUAUA